AUGGAAGCUUUGGGUGUGGCCUCUGAGGGGGCUCACCUCUUAGCUUCCGGUCUCUCAACCGAGGUUGUUGAGACCAUCCUCCAUUCUAGAGCUCCCUCUACGAGGAAACUGUACGCCUUGAAGUGGAAACUUUUCACUUCUUGGUGCGGACGCCACCAGCAAGACCCAGUUAACUGCCCAGUCGGUUCAGUGCUGGAGUUCCUGCAGGAUCGGCUAUCCGCAGGGUUAUCCCACUCCACCUUGAAGGUCUACGUGGCGGCCAUUGCGGCCUACCACGCCCCUCUUGGUGGUUUUUCCGUGGGUAAGGACCCCCUUGUUACACGUUUCCUCCGCGGUGUUUUGAGGCUUAGGCCUCCGGUACGACCUCGUGUCCCUACUUGGGAUUUGUCUGUGGUGUUAGAGGCUCUCUGCAGGCCUCCCUUUGAGCCUAUUGAAGGAAUUUCUGACAAGUUUCUCUCUUUAAAAACUGUCCUUCUCAUUGCACUUUCUUCUCUUAAGAGAGUGGGGGAUCUUCAGGCCCUUUCUGUGGCCCCUUCUUUUCUGGACUUUGCGCCAGGCCUUUCUAAAGCCUUUCUCUACCCUCGUUCGGGUUAUCUUCCUAAGGUCCCCUCCUCUACACCACAGCCCGUUGUACUUCAGGCCUUCUGUCCUCCCCCCUUUCGGGACUCUGACCAGCAGAAGCUAAACUGUAUGUGUCCGGUGCGGGCGCUGGACACAUACGUCCAUAAGUCUGCCAGUUGGAGAAAAACUGACCAACUUUUCGUCUGUUUCGGCCCCCCUAAGAGGGGUCUUCCCGCUUCUAAGCAGUCUCUAAGUCGCUGGAUAGUGGACGCUAUUUGCUUGGCGUAUGAGGCCUCUGACCUUCCUCCUCCUCUAGGGGUCAGAGCCCAUUCGACCCGGAGCAUGGCUGCCUCCAAGGCCUUUCUUGCGGGGGUGUCUAUGCAAGACAUUUGUAACGCGGCGGGGUGGUCCACGCCCCUUACUUUUGUAAGGUUUUAUGAACUUGACCUUCGGGUCUCCCCGGGUUCCUCGGUCCUUCGUCCUAGCACAUCCUAGGCAGGGACUGGGAGUCUGGCGGCGUGGGCA